AUCCCUAACAGAGUAACAGUUGCUUUUAGAUCUUUUCUCAUCAAGUGCGAAAUUUCAAUCAGUCCUAUUUUAAUCCAUGUUUCUCAUUGCCUUUCUUUCCGCAGGACUGUCGAUGAGCUUGGAGUGGAUAGGUCUACCAUUUCUACAUUGCUAGAUGAAUUGGAGCAAUUUCUAAAAGGGAUUGCUUUAAUGAAGGAGAUGACUCAGUGUACAAUAAACUAUUUAGUAUAAUUUGGAGUGCGCAUGUCAACAAGGAUUUUUGCAGCAUAUUUGAACAAAAUUGGUGCUAAAGCUCGCCAAUAUGAUGCAUAUGAUAUUGGUUUUAUAAACACGGAUGACUUUACAAGUGCUGAUAUCUUGGAAGCAACUUAUCCCGCUGUUGCAGAUAGAUUGCAUGGAGACUGGAUAAGUAAUCCUGUGAUUCCGGUUGUCACUGGCUUCCUCGGAAAGGGAUGGAAAACUGGUGCUGUAACUACCUUAGGAAGGGGUGGGAGUGACUUGACAGCUACAACCAUUGGCAAAGCCUUGGGUGUACGAGAAAUUCAGGUGUGGAAGUGUGGGGAUGGUUUUUUGACCUGCAAUCCUAAUACUUACCUGCGCGCAGAGCCUGUACUGUAUUUGACAUUUGAUGAAGCAGAAGAACUUGCAUAUUUUGGUGCACAGGUUUUGCAUCCGCAAUCCAUGCAACCUGCUAGAGAGGCCGAUAUUCCUGUUAGGGUCAAGAACUUUUGUAAUCCUAAGGCUCCGGGUACCCUCAUCACCAGAGAUAGAGAUAUGAGUAAGUCUGUACUAACCAGCAUAGUGUUGAAGCGGAAUGUCACUGCGCUGGAUAUAACGACCACUCGAGCAGUUGGUCAGCACGAUUUCUUUAAGAAGGUCUUUUCCAUCUAUGAGAAUUUUGGUAUCUCUGUAGACGUGGUUGCAACUAGUGAAGUUAGUAUUUUGUUGACAAUGGAUCCUUCAAAGCUUUUGCGCAGAGAAUCAAUUCAGCGGCAGUUGCUCGACCUUGCAGUGGAAGAGCUCAAGAAGAUUGCAGAAGUGAAUCACAUUCAGCACAGAUCUAUAAUAUCCCUUAUUCGCAACGUGCAGCACUCUCCACAGACACUAAACAAGGUAUUCAGCGUUCUAACAGAUGAAGGAAUCUCUUUCCAGAAGAUCACUCAAGGAUCAUCUAAGCAGGUGAACAUUUCCUUGAUAGUGAAUGACAGUGAAACAGAACAAUGCGUGAGGACGCUUCAUUCGAAGUUUUUUGAGAUGGGGGUUCUCUCUGAACUCAAUACAGACACAUUCCAAAAUGGCCAUGCAGGAAGUUCACGUGAAACGAAAAUGGUGGAAGUGUAGGCCUCUGCUUCCCACAUGCCAGACUGCAGAUCGGCCUCUACUUCCCACAUGCUGGACUCAAACGCAAUUCCUUCCAACAUGCCAGACCUGAAGACAGCUCUGCUUAACUUUCUCUUGAUAAAGGACUUUUAUCCCAGGAAAAUUCAUGCUUUGUUAGACUCCAAAGAUGUUAAGGGCUUGCAGGGUAUCUUCGCACGUGCGGGUGUCAUAUUGGCCUUUUUAAUUGCACUGUUAGCUUUGAUUAACAAAUUAACCGCUGGUAGAUGAUGGUGGAUGUCCCUCGUCUAUCAAUGGUAGAACUUUUUUUCUGGAGCACGAGUGGAUGUUGGUACCAAACUUUUCUUGAUGGAGAUGAGUUGGAUUGGAGGUUAGUAAUUUGGUUUUUUUGGACAAGUUCGAUCAGGAAAUAACAGAGUAGUUUGCUCUUUAGUUGAAAAUUUUGUCAUGUUUGUAUAAGGUCUUCUUAACUCAACUCAACAGUUGUAAAGUUAGCUCAAAGCCUUUGGCCUUGCA